UUAAAAGCACAACACGUCGACGUUCAACAAAGCUUACAAAUGGAAGAUAUCCUUGCCUCUCUUGGUACGUUACGCGACGUUCGUGUUUGGGCAUUAGUACAAAGUCAGUACACUGUCGAUAAUUCAAACAAGAUUUCAAUAGAAAAUUUGUUGAACGUUGUUCGAUUGGUGAACGACUUCCUGUUAGAUUUAUCAUGUAAGCUGAAAACAAAAGAGUUCUUGAUCAGUUCUACCAAUAACCAAAGCCGCUGUUUACAUGUUAGCACAGUAUCGACUGAGAGGAACCAUAACAUGUGGAACCCCCAAAUCCUUGAAGAAGACUUGUCGCCAGCUCCAAAAAGAAGUCGUACCAACGAGACUGUGAAGGAUUGCUUUGUAAACAAAGAAGGUGAAGACGUAGAAUGUGUCAUGUCUGUGUGGGCCUGGGUAAGAGCAUUGGGAAGUAUAGUCGAGGACAACUCUAGAGCAGCAACUGUACAUGAUGCAGAAAAAACACAGAUCAGGCUAAAUGAACUGCUUAAAAGUAAAGCAACACAAGGAAUGAUUCACUUCUUGGACAAACACGUCUGUCCUGCCUAGCUUGGCUAUGAAUUACAUCGACGAUCGAAGGUCAUGGACACGCCCAUGAUCCCAUUCAUCGUAUCAGGCUACAGGCCCUACAGGCUUUUGAACCAAAGGAGUCAUCGUGAACAGUUUUCAAUAUAGAAUCCGUAAUAUGAUAGCGAUAAAGAACAGUGUCAGAUUAUUGAUAGUACAAGACGGCGACUAGUGGUGCUUUAAACGUGACCUCAUCCUUGCAAAAAACAUUGUCUUUUUAAAAUGCAUUUAGACAUUAAAAAAAACAUUAUUACUUUUAUGCACUAAGUCACUCCUAUUUACGUUAUUAUACUGUGUUGAAAACAAAAAUAUGAACAAAUAAAUAAAAAUGACACUUGAUAAGUGUUAAUUGAUGGGAUUCCUGUCCAGGUUAAUCGAAUAAAUCCUUGGAGAAUGGGUACAACUCAUUUAGAAUCCAAAAUGGCAGACAAAGCAAUGGAGAAAGAUUACGGUGCUUUUAAGGAUAAAAGCAGCAAACAAAAAGGUCUUCUGUCAGAAUGCCUAGCAACUUAUAAGUACUUGUUACGAACAAGACCCGUCCUUACCAAGUCCGUUACCUGUGCUGUCACAUCAGGAUUAGGGCAGUUGAUAUCUCAGAAGUUACGAGGUACAAGCGAUGGUAAAGGAUUGAAUUUUAGAUCAAUUGCUGCUUUUUCAACCUUUGGAUUUGCAAUUACUGGUCCCUUUGUUCACUACUUUUAUCAAGCUCUUGAGCACUUCAUUCCUAAAGGAACAAGUCAUGCAACUAUCAAGAAACUUGCCCUUGAUCGCAUCAUCUUUUCUCCAAUUUUUUAUGCUUUGUUUUUCUAUGUAAUAACAUUAUUGGAGGGCCAGUCAUCCAAAGCAGCAGUAAAGAAGGUCCAAGACAAUUUCUGGACUGCCUUUAAAAUGAGUUUAAAAAUAUGGACUCUUUUUCAAUAUGUAAACUUUAAUUACAUACCUUUGGAGUACCGUUUAUUGUUUGCAAACCUGUUUGCUCUUGGAUGGAAUGUCUACAUGGCCACCAAAAAUGCGGGAAAAUAAAUUAACAUUUAUUAUGAAAAUUUAGGUUAUUAGCCAUCUCAAUUAUGAAAGUGGUCUCCUUUGCAAAGCAAGUUUGUGUUUUUUAUUACACUAAGCAAGUUUGUGUUUUUUAUUACACUAAAAAUUUAUGAUGCAGAACAUCCAAGAGGACCUUAUGAUAGCCUGUGACUCAGCGAACAAUAACGUAUGCCCCCAUAGCAUAUCUUUCUAUAGCCUGCAUGCUAGACCCUAGUCUCCUCUCAGCCAAGUUUAGUUUUGGUCAUGCACAUGACCUUUUGUGACACAUGGUUGAAACUAAACAUGGCUGCAAGGAGACCAGACAGUCCAAAGGGAGCCCCCCCUCCUCCUCCCUCCCCCCCCCUUUGUAACCCAAAUAUGUAUUUGCAGAGGAGACUAGGUAAUUAUUAGAUUCCUAAAAAACACCACACAUGAAAUACUUCAUUAAGAAUUUUGCGACAUCACAGUCAAUUGAUGAAAUACCUCAUUAAGAAUUUUGUGACAUCAUUUUUAAUUUUUUACUUAAAUAUAAAAUGAAUAGGCUUGAAAACCUAGUGAAUAAACAAGAUGACAUCAUAUCUUUGAAAAAAAAUUCUUAGGAGCUCACAGCUUUUUAAUAAACACAUUGGAAAUGCUGCCAGUAUCUAAGGUAACACUGAAUAGAAUUCCAUUAUUCCGUAGAUAAAAUGAAUCUAGAAGUUUUUGUUUGUAAUUUUUGAUUUUUGCUCCGUAUACCAGUUUGUAUGUAUUAUAUCAAUAUUAUUCAUACACAGCUUUUACAAAAGAACAACAUAAAAAAUAUUUACAAAGAUAGUUUAUGGAAGUACUUAAAAUGUCAUCUUACACUUGACUCAACUUCGUCUUCGUCAUCCUCCAUUUCUUCAUCUGGAGCGCACUGUUAAAACAUAAUACAAUACAUUAUAGUGAUAAUGAUUAAUUGAUUGAUCAUUCAAUAUUUUUAAUUGAAACAAUGAAUUAGAGGGGAAUUAUAAUAAAUAAUAAAAGCACUCAAUUUAAUUAUCACCCAAAAUUAUACAGAAUUUUGAAAUGCACAUAAUGAUUUAACAAUAAAGGCAGUCUAUUGUUCAUUGUACAUCAUUAAUUUUGUCUUGUUAGUUAGAUAGCAAUGCAAGCAAUGGUAUUAAAUACAAUUUAAUAUC